ACCAGUCUUCCCCGCAUGGCUAUCUCGAACAGCCAGCCAGCGAUAUAUAAAUUUCCCAGUUCUUCCACUUCCAGACACACACCAGCCAGCAGUCAAGAAACACAAGAAAGCACAAGAACACCCAAGCAAGCAACAACGACAACAACAACAACAAAUCCAAAUCUCCUCCCGAAAACCACAAACAUGGCGCAGACAUUCAUCCACACGGGCACCCACUCCUCGAUCCCGGACUCGGCCUCGCCAGGCCUCCUCUUCCUCCGCUACCUCCUCCCCAUCCUCGACUCCCUAGACCCGGAGUCCGUGGCCGCCGACCUGGACAACGCCCUGACCCCUGACUCGACCUUCACCAUCAACGGCGGGCAGGCGCUGACGGCCGAGAAGGUGCGCCCCAUGCAGCUGAUGCGCAGCAAGAAGGUGUCCAGCUUCGGCCACGAGGUCAAGGCCGCCUGGGACAUUGACCUGGGGGGCGGCGCCCGGACGGUCAUGUACGAGUCCGUCAGCACCACCGUCAUGAAGCAGGACCCGCAGGCCCUCGAGCUGCCCGUGCCCGAGAUCACCAUCAUCGAGCUCGUCGCUACCCCCGGGGCCGGCGUCGGCGGCUACAGGGCUAAGUCCAUGCGCACUUAUAUGCACCCGGCUUCGAUCAACCAGAGGACUGCUGCGAUUUUUGGGGGCUGCCACCAAUAUUCCGUUAUACAGUGAGAGCAGAUCCGCAAGAAUUCAACCUGCUAUUGCAUUCGGGCCUCUCUUCCGAUCGCCGAACGGAAAUUGGGUAAGUGCGGAUCAACAUCAGACCGUGAACCAGCCAGUAGCCAACAACACUUGUAGUUCUUCCCUGCAGAGCCACGCUGCCAGCUUCGGCUGGGACUAUGCUCUCGGCAAGGUGGUUGAGGGUCGCGGCAGAGUUCGAAGCUGGGGGCACAGGGUUGUUCUGGGCAGAAGCUUGUUUCUAUGCAAUGUUCCGGUGUUGCUGGGCGCCGGCGGUUGGACUGCGCCGAGUGCCGUAUUUCAUCCACGCCAUGCUCCACACAUGACCUUUUGCCCAAGGUUGGGCAAGGGGCAUUGGAAGUAUCUUUGGUUCCCUGCAAAUAUCAGCUGCUGGAUCGGUAAGUUUAUUGCAUGUAUGUCCAAACACGUCCUACAAUUGCUAUCAGAUUUCGAGAGGUGGAACUUACAGCCAC